AUGCCGAUCGCUGUUGGAACAUCCACCCUCAAGUCCGAGGUCGAGGUCGCCCAGGCCGAGACCCCGGAACUGGAGCAGGUCAAAUGGUGGCAGGAGCCGGGUCUCCGUAGGCUUUACUUCUGGGCAUCUGUCCUGUGUGUCGCAUCGGCGACCACUGGCUAUGACGGAAUGAUGCUGAAUACGUCUCAAAACUUGGAUUCAUGGCAGAAAUAUUUCAAUACUCCAUCCGGCUCUAAGCUGGGAUUGAUGAAUGCGAUCUACCAGAUUGGCAGUCUGGCCAGCUUUCCCUUCGUUCCAUACAUGGCUGACCUGUGGGGUCGAAAGGUCCCGAUCAUCAUCGGCUGUCUCCUCAUGAUCCUCGGUGGCUUCCUCGGUGCAUUCUGCAAGGAUUACGGAAUGUACGUCGCCGGUCGUUUGUUCCUCGGGUUUGGCAACAGCUUGGCUCAGAUGGCCUCCCCGGUCCUUUUGACCGAGAUCUGUCACCCCCAGCACCGUGGCAAAGUUACUACCAUCUAUAAUUGCUUGUGGAACUUGGGUGCUUUGGUUGUCGCCUGGAUUGCGUGGGGUACCAUGUACAUCAACAACGAUUGGUCCUGGCGCAGUUUGACCCUGCUUCAGGUGUUCCCUGCUGUGAUCCAAAUUUCUCUGAUCUGGUGGGUUCCGGAGUCUCCUCGGUGGUUGGUGUCUAAGGAGCGAUACGAGGAAGCCCUUGACAUUCUCGCUUACUACCACGGGAACGGCGAUCCACACAAUAAGACCGUGCAGUUCGAAUAUCGCGAGAUCAAGGAAACUAUUCAGUUGGAGAUGCAGUACCAGAACAAUAGUAGCUAUCUCGACUUCAUGCGAACCAAGGGCAACCGAUACCGUCUGGCGCUGCUGGUUUCACUGGGUAUCAUCUCCCAGUAUAGUGGCAACGCGUUGUUCAGCAACUAUACAAGUUUGAUCUAUAACAGUAUGGGUAUUACAGAGCAGAACAAAAAGAUCCCGCUGAACGGUGGGCAAACGCUGCUGAGUUUGGUUGUGAGUGUGAGCUCGGCCUUCUUCGUGGAUCGCGUGGGACGUCGGCCGCUGUUCCUAGUGGCCACCGUGGGGAUGGUACUCAUGUUCCUUGCCUGGACCGUCACUUCUUCCGUGUAUGAGCGGACCCAAGAUGUCAAAACCUCCGGGUAUCCCCAGGUUGUGUUCGUCUGGCUCUUCUCGGUUUUCUAUGCGAUCGCGUGGUCUGGCCUCCUGGUGGCAUACUCGCUGGAGAUCCUCCCGUAUCGACUGCGUGCCAAGGGAAUCAUGAUUAUGAACCUGACUGUCCAGGCCUCCCUAGUCCUUGGAAACUACACUAAUCCGAUCGCCUGGGAAAAGCUGCCCCACCACUGGAAUCUUUCGCUGAUCUAUACGAUUUGGAUUUUCAUUGAGCUGCUCUUUGUCUACUUCUUCUACGUGGAGACCAAGGGUCCCACCCUGGAAGAACUGGCCAAGAUCUUUGAUGGUGAAGAUGCGGCUGUGGCCCAUGUCAGCCUGACCGAGGUGGAGAAGGAAAUCGAGGUCAAUGAGAAAGGCGCGAUGUCUGAGGCUCGGGCCGUCUAA